AUGACUGCCGUUGCAAAAAGAAGACUCGGAGCCCUGAGCCAACAGCUUGUUGAGGGUAUUCCUGAUGCCGGGGCUUUCGAAGAUAUACCUCGCAUCCGGGAAGUUGCCCCAGACUCUGUAGGACCCCGAUGCAAAGACAAAGUCGUGAUAAUUACUGGUGCCAAUUCGCCCAUUGGCAUUGGUCAUGCUUCUGCCCAUCAGUUUGCCCGCAAUGGCGCCAAAGCUGUCUUUAUCUGUGACUUCGCAGAUACUUACCUCGAUGUACACAAGAGAGAGCUGCAGUCAUUGUACCCCAAUGUCGACGUUCAUGCCCGGCAAUUUGAUGCUGGAGAUGAAGAUCAAGUAAAAGCUGUUGUCAAUGAGGCGAUAGAGAAAUAUGGCCGGCUAGAUGUCAUGUUUGCCAAUGCCGGAGUGGUUGGGCAACCAAAACUUUUUACAGAUGUCUCCGGGGCGGAAUUCAUGAAAACCAUGGACACCAAUGCUAAAGGCCCAUUCCUUGCCACUAAAUAUGCUGCUCUUGCUAUGAAAGCCACCUCGCCGUCCAAACCCUACCCAUCCGGUAGCAUCAUUCUCACAUCUUCGGUUGCAGGCCUCCGCUCCAACGCUGGUUCCACGGAUUACUCCGCCUCCAAAGCUGCCGUGGUAUCUAUUGCACAAACCUGCUCAUUCCAGCUUUCCGGCACAGCCAUUCGUGUCAACGCCAUUUGCCCUGGUGUUAUUGAGACUGGCAUGACAAAAGUAAUGUAUGACAUGGCGCGGGAAAGAGGGACCGAGAAAAAGAUUGGUCAGCUGAAUCCAUUGCAGAGAGGGGCUGUCCCAGAUGAAGUUGCGAGGGUUGCAUUGUUCUUAGGAAGCGAUGAGAGCAGCUAUGUCAAUGGGCAGGCAUGGGCAGUUUGUGGAGGCCUGAGCGCCGGUCAUCCGUUUGUUCCAGGAAAAUUAGCAUAA